AUGUUACAAGCUUGUGGUAAUGAUUACGAUCCUUUGUUGGUUCCCACCCCUGAUCAAUAUGGCCCAGGAGCUACAGCACGUGCCUUUGCCAUUGUUCACAGUGCUAUGCAUGAUUCAAUGAUUGCAUUCAAUCGAGUUUAUAAACCAAUAUUCAAAUAUGGCAAUAUACCUGUGAUGAAUAAUGUUCCUAUAAGACCUGCUAUCGAUGCAGCUAUCACCGAAGCUGCAUUUCAGACAUUGUCUCAUAUGUAUCCUAAACAGCAGAAGAUAUUUGUUGCAGUUCGUAAUGCAUAUUUGGGGCGGAUUCCAAGUAACACCAUCAAGCAGAAUUCCAUCAAUAGAGGUAUUUUUAUUGGUCGUUUCAUUGCUGAUAGCAUUUUGAAAAAUCGAAUCGACGACGGCAGUCGGAUAAAUCAGACAUACAUACCUCCACUUGAGUUAGGCUAUCAUCACGUUGAUCCAACACACCCGAACCAAGGUUUUUUAGGUGUUCAUUGGGGCAAUGUGAAACCAUUUUUAUUAGACUCUAGUUCACAGUAUCGUCCAUCAAAUGUUGUCGGCCACACGCUCCAAUCGCGUCUUGCAUAUUUAAAUUCAACAACUUAUUUGAGAGAAUUCAAUGAAAUCAAAUCAUUGGGAUCAAAAACAAGUAAAGUUCGUACAGAGGAUCAGACACAUAUUGGUAUUGCUUGGGGUUAUGAUGGAGUACCGAAACUAGGCGUACCACCACGUCUCUAUAAUCAAGUCGUUCGAGUCAUAGCUAUGCAAAAGAAUAAUACUUUAGAGCAGAAUGCACGUUUAUUUGCACUAGUUAACGUGGCACUUGGUGAUGCUGGUUUUGCUGCAUGGGAUGCAAAAUACUUUUAUCGAUUUUGGCGUCCCAUUGUUGCCAUUCGUCGAGCUACUGGUAAUACUCGUGCUGAUCCAAACUGGCUACCUUUAGGAUCACAGGGUGAUGGUGUCGACACAGACUUUACCCCACCAUUUCCAGCCUAUGUUUCGGGUCAUUCAACAUUUGGAUCCGCUUGUUUUGAAACAUUGCGACUCUUCUAUAAAACAGAUUCAAUCUCAUUUCAGUUUCAAUCGGAUGAAUACAAUGGACAAACAAUCGAUUCAAAUACAGGAAAACCACGACCAGUACGAACACGAAAAUAUUCAUCAUUUACACAAGCUGAAAUGGAAAAUUAUAUGAGCCGGAUAUAUUUAGGUGUUCAUUGGCGAACAGAUCAAGAAAAUGGACGGAUUCUUGGUCGAAACGUAGCACAACAUGUCUAUAAAAAAUUAGCUUAA